CCUAAUCUUCAGACCCCGUCUUCGUCAAGCACAGUCAAGGUUUCGGUGAUAGAUACAAACACCCGAAUAUCACUACCCUUCGGCCUCUUCUUGACCCCCGUGUUCAAGGGCAAAGACAGACUCUCCGCUCCCUCCUACUCGACCUUGAUCGAGCAUCCAUCCGGGCGCAAGCUUCUAUUCGAUCUAGGCGUUCGAAAAGACUGGGAAAAUCUAGCACCUUUCAUUCUCGCAAUGAACCAACAGAUAGGAGCAACGAUCGCAGCCGGGAAGAACGUAUCCGACGUCUUGUCCGAGAACGGGAUCAACCCAUCAGAGAUCGAAUCUGUCAUCUGGAGCCACUGGCACUGGGACCACAUCGGCGACAUAACCACAUUCCCCUCAACAACCUCCCUCCUCGUCGGCCCCGGCCUCACAUCAUCUCCCAUUAUGCCCGGCUACCCCUCCAACCCCGAGUCACCCAUCCGCGAAACCGACUACACCGGCCGCACCAUGGCCGAAGUCCCCUUCGACACUCCCCUCAAAAUCGGCCCAUUCGCAGCCUACGACUUCUUCGGCGACGGCUCCUUCUACCUCCUGUCCAGCCCCGGCCACGCCAUCGGCCACAUGUGCGCCCUCGCCCGCACCACGUCCUCCUCUUUCGUCCUCCUCGGCGGCGAUUGCUGCCACGAACCGGGCGAGUUCCGCCCAACGCCCUACCUCCCGCUCCCGGAAUCUUUCCAACCCUCGCCCCUCACGCCGCACGAACCGCACAGCGUGUGCCCCGGUUCGCUCUUCCAAGCACUACAUCCGAGCAAAUCGGCCACGGAGCCGUUCUUCGAUGUGUUAGAGGGCGUGCAUGAGGACUUGAAGCUGACACGAGAGAGUAUCCGCGGCCUGGAGGCUUUUGACGCUAGCGACGAUAUAUUAGUCGUUAUUGCGCACGACGACACGCUUGCGGGCAUUAUGGACGUCUUUCCG